AUGCGAUGGUGGAUGUAUCUCUGCUUAGUGUGUUCACUUUGGAUAAAUUUUACUGACGCAGUAUCUGUCAGGUUAGCCGGUGGUGGCCCUACCUAUGGUUAUGUAGAACAGAAUAUUGGAGGUGUCUGGAAACCGGUAUGUCCUGGAGAAAAUGAUGAAACACAGAAUUUGGCUCCAGCGGUGUGCCAAUCUCUUGGUUUCGAGGAUGGAAGCGGUUACAAAAUGACGACACCGGUCACUGCAUUAGAAUGGUGGUACAAUGAAUUUACGCGUUCCGACCAGGCAAGUGUAAUACCAUCAUUGGAUGCAUACGCUACUAGGAAAUGGAUCAGUGCAUCUAGAACUAGUCAAUACGAACACUGCCAAUCAUCAACACUUGCUGUGCUUUGUACUGGAAAAGUUCAGUUAAACAUAGCAUCAAGUUAUUUAAAACCGUCCUUAAGUGAAAGAGGAUUUGGACGUGUCGUUUUAUCACCACCAAACAAGAAUUCUGGAUAUAUAGAUCCUAGUGCUAUUGAUGCUACAGGUGCAAGAAUAAUUUGCAAAGAACUUGGGUUUAAUACAUCAAGUCAAAUAAGUGAUGACCAAGUAGUUGGGAGUACUCAAGAUGUGAAUACAUAUGUAACUGAUAAAUACACAUGUGCUGGAACUGAAGACACUAUCUUGGACUGUCCUACUUCACCGGUAACGAAUCCAUCAUAUAAACCAGCUGUAGUCGCUUGCACAAAUUCAGAUAUCAGCGACGGUACUGUAAAAAUUAGCGAACAUCAGAGUCUUGUAGAGAUAAGAUAUAAUGACGCAUGGGGGCUCAUCUGUGGUGAUAGUUUUACUGAUAUUGAUGCUGUGGUCGUAUGUAAGUCAUUGGGAUUCAAUAAUGGUAAGGCCAGUAAGGUAGAAUCAUAUAGAGUAAACAGACUGUAUCCAGUAUGGAUCAAGAGCCUAAACUGUGUCUCUGGUAAUACUAAGCCAGUUGAAUGUAACAAAGACAUGUGGGAUACAAGAUGUAACAAUGUGGCUCAAGCACAAUGUUUUAAUACAGAAACAGCGGGUGUAUAUACUUUCACUGACGGUGGGAAAUCAGUUGGUAACCACUUCAUAGAAAGAAGCAGUAAAAAUGAGAAAGGUAUACUGGCCAUUCAACUAGACAAAAGACAAAGUGAUAAUGAACCAGCUCCAAAACUCUGUAAAAGUCUCGGGUAUACAUCUGGAAAUGAUUUCCAUCUACCUGGAUCUUCGUCCUUACCACAAGGAAAAUAUUGGUUGGCUGUUUAUACUAAAUCUGUAGGUGAAUGUAUUACUACAGACGAAUGUUUCAAGAACGACUGGACGCUUACUGAAGACCUUUCAAAAGUUCAAGACUAUGUUAAAUUGAUAAUAUGUCAUAACGGUGUCUACCUUAGUGGCAAUGGUCUGUCUGGUAUAGUGAAUUAUAAAGCAUCGGAUGCUUCUCAACCAUCUACAGUUAACGAUGCUACUUUAGAUUCAGACGAGGUUAAUCUGAUUUGUAAAGAUCUUGGUUUCCCAGACGGUGGACGGAAAAUCUCAGAAAAGAUUUUCGAAACCCAAAACGCUGGUGGAAUGGUCAAUAUGGAUUGUACAAGUGGUGCAACUAACACUUCAAGUUGUACAUUUAGCACCAUAGCUGAUACUAGUUCCUUGGUUCCUGCUGUGCUGGCCUGUAAUUUACCUGCAAAUUUACCAGACAUAAUAUACCUGGAUAAUGAUGGUGUUGUGAUCUACAACAAAAAUAACAACCCUGUCCAGUUUUGUGUAGACGAUAAGGAAUGGACUGAUAAAGAAGCUUCGGUUGCGUGUCGACAAUUAGGAUACAGUGCGUCCAACUAUUACAAGAAAUCCAGAGAUAGCAAUACCGCUGUUGGAUACAAGUCAGUUACUUGUCUGGGCAAUGAACAAUUGAUAUCAGAAUGUCAACUUGUAGAAACUACGUCUGGUGAAUGCUCCAAAGUAGCUGCUGUAACCUGCUACAACCCGGAUGACACUAAAUUUGAACUGAGAGACGGAGGUGAUAGAUUUGGUAGGGUAUGGGUAACAAGGGGAAAUCAACAAGGUUAUUUCUGUUAUGAAAAGUUUGACGAGGAAGAUGCCGGUACGAUUUGUAGAGAGCUUGGUUUCAAAGGUGGUGAUGAAAUUAAGAUGACACCAGUAACUGCGUCAGGAACCACAUGGUGGUAUGUAAAUACCAACUGUGAUGACGACACUAAAGUUAUUGAAGGAUGUGAAGUUCAACUUGAAGAAGCACCCUUUAUAUCUUAUGGAGCUGUUAGACAGACUGAAACGGAAAUUCGAUAUAGUUCUGAUUCAUUUGAUGCUACUGAGGCUAAUAUUGCUUGCCACGAGAUGGGGUAUCCCCAAGGGGGUAAGGUUAUUCCAUCAUCAUCUUUCGAGGUGGAAGAUGAUCCAAUAAUUGUCAAUUGUGCUGGAUCGGAAACAUCCCUCAUGGAUUGCCAAGAAAUAGCCGGUACGAAAGACGAUACCAAAUUUGCAUCGAUUGCUUGUGAAACUGGAGAAACCAUUCCAGAAAUCAUCACGCCCGCUAUAAAAGACAAGCCUAAAAACCUACUAGUCAGUUUUGCUGAAGGAACCUUGAAAAUAAUUGACGAUUUUAGAGUUUUGAUUGUAAAGAAUGGUGUUUGGGGAGGACUUUGUGCCGAUAGUUGGACUGAUAAUGAUGCUACAGUUGUUUGUAAGCAGUUAAAAGGAGCGACAAGUGGUAAAUCGCUUAAAAGAGGCAAUAAACUGAAUGUGAAGUACACCAAUUUCAAAGAAGCGUGGAACUGUGCUGGCACUGAAGCUAGUCUUGAGAAUUGCCCUGUUGAUCAAUCAAUUACAGAGAAGUACUGCCGAGAGAGUGCUGGUGUUUAUUGCAACAAUCAUCAGCCCGAAGCUUCCAGUGAAGAGACGUACCCAGAUCUACCAGGUUUUACAUUUGCACCUGAAGAUGAAUCUUCUACCACGCCCUUGUCCACGCAAGGCAAUAAUGCGGCUAGUACUCCAGAUGACCAAAACGUACAAUCGGAACAACCAACAUCACGUCCAUCUGAAGAUGAAACUUUUAUUUCAUCCACACAAGACGAUAAUACGGCUAAUACUCCGGGUAUAACCUUUAAAUUAAUGUUUGCACCUACUUUACUUUUAUAA